AUGGGGAGGUCAUACAGAAUUGCUACUGAGUUUUGUGAAGCUGGAGCUAAUGUGUUGAGACUAAAAGGAAGGGGGUUUCUUGGACCUGCUUUCUUCCUCACUCAGUUGAGCCAUAUUAAUUCUCCUGCAAUGGCUGUUCUAUGUAUGGCAUGCAGUCAGGGAAUUGAUGCAUUCUCACAAUCUGGUCUAUUCAAACCAUCAUCAAGAUAUGCUCCACGAUAUUCUAGUGCUCGCCGGCGUCUUUGGAACGGUGAUCGAAUGGCUACAUCUUGCAACAUGAUGUGGAAUAGGUUAAGCAACAUUGGCAAGUUAGCUGGUAUAAGUCCAGCGAUAGUUGAGGUAGUAGACGUGGGGAGAUUAGGACAUCCAUUGAGCCUUAGUGAACGACAGAAGGGAAUUUUGGAGUCAAGAGUUGGAGUUUUCCGGAUUACCUUUAAGGAACAAAGGAGGAACAGUCAAGGUGAAGCCUCCAUGAAUGUUCUUGGGAAUGACGUAUUCAAGGUUCAGUCGGAGUUUAUCUGUUUUGGAAACAUGAUUUCUGGAAUCUUUUCUCCACCGGGUGAUGAAGAUCAUUAG